AUGGUGAAUUUCGCCCAAGUUGUGCGUGAUCACUGGGUUCACAUCCUCGUUCCCUUAGGAUUCGUGAUUGGAUGCUAUUUGGACAGAAUGAACGAUGAAAAACUGUCAACCUUCCGAAACAAGAGCUUAUUAUAUAGAAGAGAGUUGAAGCCUGGUGAAGAAACAACAUGGAAAUAAAGACUGUUGAUGAAAUGAGAAAUAUUUUCACUUGAUUAAUUAUCUUAUCUCGAGCAUUGAAAGAAUACAAUUACAGUUUUCAUCUUAAGACUAUAUAAAGCUACAGAAAAGAACACCUGCAAUCCAUCACUGCUAGUUUAAUUUUCAGUCGUACUUUUUGGAAGAUGAUUUAAUUAUAUGACUAAUUUGCGUCCAGGAAGUCCAUAACUGUUGAGAAACUUUUGUCGUUGUAAGUCAUACUCUGGAAAAAGAGGAUGUAAUAAAGAAAAAAAACUAUGCAAAAGUCA